GCUGUCUGUCAAGAGGGAAAGAACCAGUUGCAUCCUUUCACUCACCCCAGCAAGCUGAUCGUGAUGGCAUCUCUGACUCUGGCUCUUUGCCUUUCUUUUCUGCUCACAUGGAAGAUGGUUCCUGGUCAGAAACUGUCUUCAUCUGAUCGUCAGGAGAGAAGUUUUGUCUCGGCUCAUGCUGGAGAAGAUUUGACCUUGCGUUGCUUCUAUGACACUCAAGUUCCUACAAGCAUUUACUGGUACAAGCAAAUUCUGGGACAGAGACCGAAGCUCAUCUCAGUCUCUAGUAAAAAUGACAAGAACUUGUUUCAUGGUGAGAUCGAGAACUCUACGCACUUCAAAAUGGAUAAAAGAGAUGGCAAGGCUCUUCUGACAAUCACAGAUUUGCACACUUCAGACUCGGCUAUAUACCACUGUAUAUUCUAUUCCUAUGUAUCACCUAUUUUUUCAGAGAGCGUCACAGUCAGUGUGAAGGGAUUUGGUUCAAACGCCACUUUGGUCAAUCAGCCAGUAUCUGACAGUAUUCAGCCAGGAGGCUUUGCUACUCUGAGCUGUACAGUACACCCUGGGAGCUGUGAUGGAGAACACAGUGUUUACUGGUACAAAAAGUCAGAGGAAUCUCUUCCAGUUCUCUUUUAUACCCACGGUGGCAUGAAUGACCAGUGUGACUCCCAAAGUAACACCUGUUUCUAUGAACUGCCGAUGGAAAACCUGACUCGGGCUGACGCUGGGAUGUAUUACUGUGCAGUCGCCUCAUGUGGACAGGUCCUGUUUGGAAACGGGACCAAUCUGGACAUCAGAGAUGAUAUUGUUCAUUUCUGGAAAGGCGCCUUUAUAUUCACCACCGCCCUGAGUGCUUUAUUGGCUUUUUCUAUUUGUGUGAUAAUCAGGACAAACAGCUGCCAACCCGCAGAGUCGUUCCCUGGAUUAGCAGACGCUAAGGGUUACCCAACGGCAGGAAGUCUGUACGUUGCCGCUUUGAGCGUCAACCUGGCCGACUGUUCAAGAAGGAGGGAUCCCACCUGGAGCGCGUGUGUGUACUACAGUGUAAAGCAGUCACACUGCUGA